UUUCCCCUCUCUCUCUCUCUCUCUCUAAACUGAAGGUCCAUCCAACUCUUUCCAAACAUGCAAAGUCCAAAAACAAACCCCUCUACUUUGACUCGAGGAGGAACACCUUAGAGGAGAGGUGAUUUGUCAAGAUUUUCAUCAAAAGGAAGGAGUUUAGGUUCUAAAUACCGGGAGCGAGUGUGUGGAUUGUAGCAGUUCUGGCGUCACUAGAAAUCCGUAGAAUUUUAUGCCAAAGAGGUCCAUUAUGCGCCAAUCUGCCCGACUUCGCAAGAACCGUGGUGUGGUCUUACCUGAAGCUCAAGAGAUGGUAAUUGAGACACCUGAAUCUGAUGCCACCACAGACAUGCCUGAAUGUGGUGAGCAAACCCCAAUGGGUAAUCUACAGCAGACAGUGGACAUUAUUGCCCGUGCAUUUGUUUCCCAUAAUCGAACUCGAUCUAUAGAAGAGAGAGUAUCACUAAUUGAGCAAGUCCUCAAUUUGGGUGCUGAAAAGUUCCACGGUUCUGCAAAUCCUGCUGAUGCUGAAGAAUGGAUGAGACGGCUAGAAAAGACUUUCAAUGUGCUUUAUUGUUCAGAUGAGCAAAAGCUUUUCCUUGGGCGUUUUCUGCUAGAGGGAAAUGCUUUUCGUUGGUGGACGGACAUAGAACGUGGCUACCCUGAUCCAUCAUCAAUAACUUGGGAAGAGUUAAGCCGUCAGUUCAAUGAUAAGUAUAUUCCACGUACCUAUCUUGAUGCAAAGCUGAGAGAGUUUUUGCUACUGGAACAAGGGUCUAUGACUGUGGGAGAAUACGAGGAUGAGUUUAUCAAGUUGUCGAGAUAUGGUCCAUCCUUAGUGGCAGAUGAAAUUGAGACGUCUAGGCGGUUUGAGUAUGGCCUCCGGAGGGAAAUUAGGAUGAUAGUGACUGCUGUUGGCUGGAAGGAGUUUCGCGGGCUUGUUGAAGCUUCAAAGAGAGUAGAACAGUGCAUGAAUGAAUCCCAAAGUGAUGUCAAUGGUAGUGGUCCAAGACGUCAACGGCGAUGACUUUGACACAGAGGUUGUGUUUCCAGGUUGGAGUCGUGGUCGAGGUCGAGGUUUCGCCGAAUGCAAGGAACUAUUUACUCUUAUCUUCUCUAAUGCAAGCUUUUUUCUUUUGCCUGCGGAGUUUCUAAUGCUUUGCCUUUGUUUCAUCUUAGGAUGUUCGUUUGUGCGUAACUGGGUAUUUUCACGCAUGUUAUGUAAAUAUAUGAAACAACUUGUUUAUGAAGUUUGAGGUAGCUGUAUGUGAGUAGCGUGGGCAAUAUGAUAACGACCCCUGUUAACGGCCUGAAACACCAUUUUUUUUUCAGUUGUUGAUUUGGUAUGUGAAGAUUUGGACAUGAGAGCAUAAGAGAA